AUGGGCACAAAACUUUUAUUAUGCUUACUAUUAAGUUACGUGAGCCGCCUAAUUGCUUCGGUACCGGGCCCGGAAUCAUCCGUGCAACGGAACGGCAAGGAUGGAGGAUGUUCCGAUUGCGUUUGUGGUGGCUUAGGAUCCGAUGAUUUACGCGUGGUGGGUGGAAAUUACAGCAAAAUUGGAACCUACCCAUGGAUGGCAGCGCUUUUCCAUCGUGGUACGUUCCUCUGCGGAGGAAGUUUGAUUAAUGAUCGGUACAUUCUAACGGCGGCUCACUGCGUGACUCGUACAGAUCCCAAGGAUUUCAAGGUGUUUCUUAGGAGACCUAGUAUUGCCAACAGUAAUCCUGAAAUGUUGGAAAGGCGAAUCACUACCAUUAAGCUGAAUCGCUAUCAGGGACUAAGGAACAACAACGAUGUAGCUUUAUUGCGCCUGCAGGAGCCAGUUUCAUUUGGGCUGGAUUUAAUGCCGAUAUGCCUUCCAUCCGGGUCAGAAACUUAUCAGGGAAAGGAGGCAACGGUCAUCGGAUGGGGAACAACAGCCAACGGGACCUUGUCCGAUAUGCUACAAGAGCUGACAGUUCCUAUCCUUUCGAACCUGGAGUGUAAACGGUCCGGUUAUUUUAGAUUUCAAAUCACAACCCGGAUGCUGUGUGCUGGCUUCUUGGAAGGAGGAAAGGAUUCGUGUCAGGGUGACAGCGGUGGACCACUGCAGCUGGCGAAUCCCCAAACCGGGCGGUACGAAAUCGUCGGUGUCGUGUCAUGGGGCAACGAGUGUGCCCAGCGCAAUUACCCCGGCGUAUACGCUCGAGUGACCAAAUUCGUCGGAUGGCUCAGAAGCAGCAGCCGGGAUGCCUGCUGGUGUCAGCAGUAG